UAGUGCGCGCCAAGCAUCCACGACGUCCACGUCUAACUCGCUUCGGCUAAGUGCGUGCGUGCGUGCGUGCGUGCGUGCGUGCGUUCGUGCGUGUGUAGCUGCGCCGCGGCGCGACUCCAGUGCGGGGUGGCCGCGGCUCGAGAAUGGGCGUCGGGCCCAGGGAGGGGCCCCUCGAGCCCGGGGAUAUCUACAUGCCCCGGGCCGACACCAGGACCAAGUGGCAGAUAAUCAAGGAUGCAAUCUACAACCCCACCGAGGGUACGAUUUUUGGGCACACCAAAAAGCGAUGGGGUAUCGUAGGGCUUUUUUACCUGAUAUUCUACAGCGUUUUAGCUGUACUCUGCGCUAUCUGCAUGAUGGGACUAUUAGCGACAAUAGACGAAAAUAGACCAACAUACACUUUGGAUAGCAGUAUUAUAGGAACGAACCCUGGUCUCGGAUUCCGACCAACUCCUGACAACAUUAAAGAACGAUCAUUAAUUUGGUACAGUUCGUCUAACGCAACGCAAAUCAAAAGAUGGGUUACUCUUUUAAAUGUGUUUUUGGAAAAGUACUUGAAUAAAACGAAACUUAUAAGUGCUGGCCGUAAUCAGGUGAUAUGCGACUAUGAUAAGCCGCCAAAAAAGGGUAAAGUUUGUACUGUCGACGUGAACAGCUGGGGUCCAUGCACAUCAACAUUAAACUAUGGUUACAAUAACUCCUCACCCUGUGUCUUCAUUAAGCUUAAUAAGAUAUACGAUUGGGUACCAGAAUUUUAUAAUGAUACUAAAAAUUUGCCAAAUGAUAUGCCUCAAGAUCUUAAAAAUCACAUAAGAGGACUCGAUAAAUCUAAGUUAAAUACAAUAUGGCUCUCGUGUAUGGGUAUAGAUCCUCACGACAAAGAAGCUAUUGGAGAAUUGGAAUAUUACCCAAAGUUUCGUGGUUUCCCUGGAUAUUAUUAUCCAUAUUUAAAUCUUCCUGAAUAUCUCAGCCCGGUGAUAGCUGUGCAUUUUAAGCGACCACAAAGGAAUAAGGUUAUCAGUAUCGAGUGUCGUGCUUGGUCCAAAAACAUUAUUUAUAAACACGAUAAAGGCAUUCAGUCUGGAUCUGUUCACCUGGAGAUAUUGAUAGAUGAUUAAUUAUUUUAUAUUUCAAUAAAAUUUAAGUAUAAGUGCCUGCCUCAGCCUACCUCGCACGUCAAUACAUAAAUACGUUUUUAUUUAUCCAUAUAAUCAUUACUUAAUUACACAAUGAACGUUGAUAAUCAACGUAAUAUUAUUCAUGUAUUAAGUUUUAUUUUUAAAAAUUAAGUCUUUUUCUUCUUAGAAUAGAAAAAUUACUGCUAGAUGCCAGUAAUUAUUAAGGCAAAAUAUUAUCCAAUAGCUGUAAUAAAUCAUAGAUUUACAACAUCGUUUGAAAAUCAUUAUUUGUAAUACGUAUAGAUGUAUUAAAUUUCGUUUAAAGAUGAAUAACUGUUUAGAGAUAUAAAACAUUAAUCAAUUUGGUGAUUUUUUAAAUAGAAUGC